UUCCUCAUAUACAUUACUUUAUACAUUUCUUUCAAUUAUUCUCUUAAUCACUCAUUCAUAAUCCCUUCAAAACUUCAAUCUUUGUUCUUUUUCCACUAAUCACUUUCAUGCUCCAAACUCAAAACCCCAAAAAUCCAUUUUUCUCAUUUUCAUUUCAUCAAACACUUGGUACGCAUUUUCUAUUUUCAUCCAAAUUUCGUUUUUUUUUUUUGUCUCUUCUUAAUCAAAGGUUCAGUCUUUCUCAUUGGGGUGCCUUGAAUUGUCUCACAACAUCAGAUCCGUUUACGUUUACGUUUACAUUUUUCUUGUGGAACAAAUAACUCAAGUAAAAGGCUUUUUUUUUUUCUUUCUUUUUUUUUUCUAUUGAUAAUUAGUAUGAGCUUAAGCUGUGAUUUUGAAGAACUUUAGAGUUUUUAAUCUGAAUUCUGAGAUAUUUCAGAAAGAAGAAUUGGGUAGGGUUGAUAGUUGGAUUGAAGAUUGAGAAAAUGAUUGUGAGGAAAAGCCUGGGGAGGGUAAAGUCGCUACUUAUGCUGCUUAUGAUGUUGGGAUUUUUCUUUGCGACUUAUAAUUUGGUGUCGAUGAUAGUAGGACAUAAAGUAGGAAGUGAUUUGGGAUCUAUUGUUGAUGGAAAAGUGGAGUUUAUAAAUACUAAAUCUAAAUUCCAUGUCGCUGUUACUGCGACCGAUGCUGCUUAUAGUCAAUGGCAAUGUAGGAUCAUGUAUUAUUGGUAUAAGAAGGCGAAGGUUAUGCCUGGAUCGGCUAUGGGGAAGUUUACCAGAAUUUUGCAUUCUGGAAAGGGAGAUCAGUUGAUGGAUGAAAUUCCUACUUUUGUUGUUGAUCCUCUUCCUGAUGGUUUGGAUAGGGGUUAUAUAGUCCUAAAUAGACCAUGGGCUUUUGUUCAAUGGCUGGAGAAAGCGGUUAUUGAUGAAGAAUAUAUUCUGAUGGCAGAACCUGACCACAUAUUUGUCAAUCCUUUGCCGAAUUUGGCUUCAGAAAAUGAACCAGCAGGGUAUCCGUUUUUCUAUAUAAAACCAGCUGAAAAUGAGAAAAUCAUGAGAAAAUUCUAUCCUAAGGAAAAUGGUCCUGUUACUGAUGUUGAUCCCAUUGGCAAUUCCCCCGUAAUCAUCCACAAGUAUUUGUUGGAGGAAAUAGCUCCCACCUGGGUGAACGUUUCGUUGAGAAUGAAAGAUGAUCCUGAGACGGAUAAAGCUUUCGGAUGGGUGCUUGAAAUGUAUGCUUAUGCUGUAGCGUCUGCGUUGCAUGGUAUAAAGCAUAUUCUUCGGAAAGACUUUAUGCUGCAGCCGCCAUGGGAUUUAGAAGUAGGGAAGAAUUUUAUCAUACAUUAUACAUAUGGAUGUGACUACAAUUUGGAGGGGAAACUGACAUAUGGGAAGAUUGGAGAAUGGCGUUUUGACAAGAGAUCAUAUCUGAUGGGUCCUCCACCUAAAAACAUUUCCUUACCACCUCCCGGAGUUCCGGAAAGUGUGGUGAGGCUAGUAAAGAUGGUGAAUGAGGCUACUGCAAACAUACCUAAUUGGGAUUCAUUAAAUAGAAGCUAAGAGAAAGCUAACAAAUCAUAAACACGGUUCCAAAAUAGAUUAGUUUAUGCAAAUACAAAGGGUGAUUUUGUGCUUGCUUUGAAGAUAGAUCUUUAUAAUAGCCAUUUUAUUAUUUUGCAUUCAAACUUGUACAAGACAUUUAUUUACAGUCUAUUCUAAUAUAUUUUUGCCAA